AACACCUGCAGUAUCCCAAGCAAUAGAGCUUGUGUCUUUAGUCUAUCCUUGGACAGGGUUUUCUUCCGUUCACAUUUGCCAAGCAUCUUCCGUGAAAUUUCCAGCUAUUAUUUGUACAAGUUCUCUCCCCUUCUCCUUAGCCGACUCACUCUUGUAUCAUCCCACGGAAUUAGCUCUGCAAUUGAACUGAUUCGCUGCUGCUACUUCUAAUGCUCUCGGCUUAGCUAAUUAAUUUGGUUAUCAAUCAAGGAAAUAUCUAUUACAUCCCUCUGGUUACAAAUAACUAGGCAUGGAAUAUUUAAGCUAAGCGGUUGCUACUUUUAAUUUGGUUAUGGACAUCCAUUUCUUCAAUUUUGUCCACUAAACCUGCAGAUUCAUUCCGGGCAUUUGCCAAGCAUCUUCCAUUGAAUUUCUGGCUAUAAUUUGUACAAGUUCUCUCUCCUCUUCUCCUUGGCCGACUCACUUUUUAUCAUCUCACAGAAUUAGCCUUGCAAUUGAAUUGAUUGCUGCUGUUUCUAAUUUUCUUGGCCUGCCUGAUUUGGUUGUCAAUUAGGGUCCAUUUUCUCCAAUUUCUUCAGUGAAGCCAAGAGAAAAACUGUUUUAUCCAAUGGAGGUCUUAUCUUUUGUUGGAAGUUCUCUUUUGUCUGUUACAUAUGACUUGCUAUCCGAAAAGUUUAAGGAAUAUAUAAGUGAUCAGCUACGGGAUUCAAAGGAGGAAGUACGUGCCCAAAUGGAAAGCUGGAAGACUCUAUUGCCCAAAAUCACAGCUAUACUUCAACACGCAGAAGAAAAUCAAGUCGCCAACCUGUUUGUGAAGUCAUGUCUUGAUGAUAUUAGGGAGUUGGCUUAUGAUAUGGAGGAUAUACUUGAAAAGUUUGUGAUUAAUGCCAAGAGGUCUGAAUUGAUUGCAGAAUUUGAUGCUAGAGCUAAUAAGCGACAAAAAAUCACCCCUAGUGUCAUGAAUUUAUUUAGAUCUAAGGCCAAAUCCAAUCAGGAGAUUGAUUCCAUGGUGAUGGAUCUAAGUGGUAGAUUGCAGGAAAUUGAAAACGGGAUGCGUAGUUUGGAACUGACCAAUUUGGCUUUGAAAUCUGAAGAUAGGUCUCAUAAAAUAGUUGCAAAAAGACUACCUGAGUCUUCUCUUCUUGAAGAUAAGGUGUGGGGUCGAGGUAGAGAUAAAGAUGCAAUUCUUCAGAGGUUGCUAGAAGAUGGAGGCAGUCUCGAACAAGAUUUUGUUAUUCCCAUUGUCGGAAUGGGUGGACUAGGCAAAACAACUCUUGCUCGUCUCAUUUACAAUGAUGAGAAACUGAAAGACAGAUUUGACUUGAAGGCAUGGGUUUGUGUUUCUGAUGAGUUUGAUGUUACUCAAAUAACAAGAACCAUUUUAGAACAUGUAACUGGGGAGGAACCGCGUAACUCUGAUUUUGGUUUGCUUCAAGAGAAAUUGAAAGGGAAGUUAUCUGGGUGUAAGUUUUUUCUUGUAUUGGAUGAUGUUUGGAAUAAGGAAUAUGGCCAAUGGGAUGUCUUGAAGAGACCUUUCAUGUCAGGAGCUCCUGGAAGUAAAAUAAUUGUCACAACUCGAAAUAAGGAUGUUGGGACGAUGAUGAGAGGAGAUGAUGAAGUUUACAAUUUAGCAUUGCUGCAAGAUGAUGCUUGUUUGCCAUUAUUUACACGACAUGCACUGGGGAAAGAGAACUUUGAUGUGCACCGAAACCUGCAAGAUAUUGGUGAGAAGCUUGUAAAGAGUGACAUAUGGAGGUCAACUGAAGAUAGAAGUGGAAUUCUUCCUGCUUUGAGAUUAAGCUACAAUCAUCUUCCUUCUCACUUGAAGCGAUGCUUUGCUUAUUGUGCUUUGUUCCCUAAAGACUAUGAAUUUGACAAAAAGGUGUUGGUCCGAUUAUGGAUGGCUGAGGGCCUAUUGCAGCAACAGUCACAUGGAAAGAAGCAAAUGGAAGAAGAGAUUGGUCAUCAAUAUUUCGAUGAGUUGUUCAUAAGAUCACUCUUUCAACAGUCAAGUAGAAAUGAAUUGCGGUUUGUGAUGCAUGACCUCAUAAAUGAUUUAGUUGUAGAUGUUGCUGGAAAAAUAUAUUGCAAUCUUGAACGUAACAUGGGUGAUGAAAAAUUAGAGAAAGCUCGUCAUUUGUCAUUUACUCCACAUGAGUAUGAAAUCUCAGAGAGGUUCACAGUCUUGGAUAAAUUGAAGCAUCUGAGAACAUUCUUGCCAUUAGAAGCACACAGUUCCUUCUAUUUGUCUAAUAAAAUCUUGCAUGAUUUCCUACCAACUUUGACUUGCUUAAGAGUGUUGUCUCUUUGCGGCUAUCAGAUUAGCAAGCUACCAGAUUCUUUUGAAAAUUUGAAACAUAUGCGAUACAUUGAUUUGUCUAGAACAACUAUUGAACGUAUACCUGAAUCAGUGGGUUCUCUUCUCUUGUUACAAACACUAUUAUUAUAUGGUUGUCGUGAGCUUAGUGAGUUGCCUAUGACAAUUGGGAAUCUAAUUGAUCUCCAUCAUCUUGACAUCACUAAUACAUCAUCUUUAAAAAAUAUGCCAUCAGGAAUAGGCAAUCUCAAAAAUCUUGUAACAUUGUCCAAAUUUAUUGUGGGGAAGGCAAGUGGAAUGAUGACAAGAUUAUCUGAUCUGAAGAACUUGUCACAAAUUCGAGGAAGACUAUCUAUUCUAGAUUUGCAGAAUGUUUUGGAUGUUCAAGAUGCUAAAGAGGCCAACCUAGACAAGAUCCAUGGUUUGGAAGAGUUAGUCUUGGAGUGGAUUACUUCUGAUUCUGAUAUGGAGUGGACUGCUUCUGAUUCUGAUAUGGAGUGGACUACUUCUGAUAAUGAUCUGGAUUCUGAUUCUGAUUUGGAGCAAACUACUUCUGAUAAUGAUUUGGAGCGGACUACUUUUGAUAAUGAUCUGGAUUCUAAUUCUGAUCUGGAGCAGACUACUUUUGAUAAUGAUCUGGAGCAAAAUCUGGAGCAAACUACUUCUGAUCAUGAUCUAGAGUGGACUACUUCUGAUAAUGAUCGAGAUGAAUUAGUCCUUAAAAUGGAAGUCUUUAACUGGUUAAAACCUCAUUCAAAUUUGAAAAGUCUCGAAAUUUCUUGCUAUGGUGGUGAGAAUUUCCCUCCCUGGGUUUGUGAUCCAUCAUUAUUUUUCAAUUUGUCAUCCAUGGAGCUCCGUGAUUGUAAGAGAUGCACUUUGUUACCAUCACUUGGCCGACUACCUGUUCUCAAAAAAUUGAUUAUUGAAGGCAUGGAGGAAAUAGAAGCUGUAAGUUUUGAGUUUUAUGGGCAGCAUGGCUCUUUUCCAUCACUGGCUGAACUGGUGUUUAGAAACAUGCCAGAGUGGGAGGAAUGGACUUCUCCAAUUGGAAGUGCAGGUGAAUUCCCUUGUCUUCAUAAGCUUGUGAUUAAAAAUUGUCCUAAGUUGUUAGGACAAUUACCCAGCAACCUUUCUUCACUUAAAGAGUUAGAUGUUAGAAGCUGCAAUGGAAAGCUUUUGAAGAGUAUGGGAGAUGUCCCCUCUCUUACUUAUUUGAGAAUUGAGCAAAUUUCAGAACUGACUUGCUUGCCUAUGAGCAUGAGUCUUCCAUCAUUGAAAGAGUUGUCUAUUAGAUACUGCAAUGGGGUGCUUUUGAAGAGCAUGGUUGAUCUCACUUCCCUCACUAACUUGACAAUUGAGCAAAUUUCAGAACUGACUUGCUUGCCUGAGAGUUUUACACAGUCUUGGACAACACUUGAGACUUUGGAUAUUGCAUUUUGCAAUGAUCUUACUUGUUUGUGGGAGGAAGGGACAAAAAUAGAACAAAGCCUCUUGCCUUUCAAUCUUAAACAUCUUAGCCUUACGAGAUGUAGAGCUUUGGCGUCAUUACCCGAUGCAAUGAUGAUGAGGAUGGAUGGAAGCAGUAGCAGCAACACUAAUAUGUUGAUGUCGAGACUAGAAAGGUUGGAAAUUUGUGAUUGUAAUUCUCUCAAGUCAUUUCCAAGAGGCAAAUUACCCACCUCGCUUAAAUACUUGAUAAUAAGAAAUUGUGAAGGUCUUAAGUCUCUACCGGAUGUUGAUGGUGACUAUAAUAAUAGUGAUCUACAUUCGGAAAUAUGUAAUCUUCCAUGUUUUUAUUCUUCUCAGCGUAGUUGCCAUCAGCUACCAACUUUUCUCAAGGAAUUUAAAGUUACUGAUGGUGGCGACUGGCUAGAAUCAUUUCCAGAGAAGAUGCUGCAACAUUGUACGGGACUCCAAUCCAUUUCUAUUUGGGGUUGUAAAAUAUUGAAAGGUUUACCCAAUCUUGAUUACGUUAGCAAUCUCAUUCGAUUAUCUAUUUACAGUUGUGAAGUUUUGGAGUUCUUACCAGAAGAGUUGGGGUUAUGCACCCCCAAUCUUAAGAAUUUGGUGGUAGAAUGGUGUAAGAAUUUCAAAUGCCUCCCAAAUACGAUGUACCAGCUAAAAUCUCUUCAAUACCUAUGGAUGAUAGACUGCCCCAGCAUCGAGUUCAUUCCAGAUGGGGGUUUGCCCCCAAACUUAAAAUAUCUUCAAUUUCAGAACUGUGACAAUUUCAAGUGUGUGCCGAAUACAAUGUACCAGCUCACAUUGCUUUGGAAUCUAUCACUUUCAGGUGAGGUUUUGACGAUGGACCUCCAAAACCUUACGUCUCUUCGCUGGUUGGCAAUUGAGCAGAAAUUCCCUUUGGAUAUUGUGCUGCCUUCUUCUUUAACCAAUCUUCGGAUCAAGAAAGAAGAGAAUUUGGAAUCCAUACCUGGGGGGCUAUUCCAAAACCUAAGCUCCCUUCAACAGUUAAGUAUAGAAGACUGCCCAAAGCUACGAUCUUUGCCAAAGGAAGCCUUCCCUCCCUCGCUUGGACGACUAUUCAUCGAGAGGUGUCCGCAUCUAAAACGACAGCGCUUUGAGGCGGAAGGAGACUAUUGGACUCUCACCCGUGGCAUCCCCGAAGUUGAUAUAAGAUGAGUAAAUGGUAAUGAGAUCUUAGUGUGAACUGAAACGGGCAUCACAAUUUUAUGCAUUUCAUAUGAGAAUUUAGAAAAAUCUUUAAUAAAUACACUUUUCUUAGACUUCUUCUGCCUUUUCUCCUAUUUUCCUUUUCUGUUUUUGGUAGUUCUAUUUUAAGUAAUUCGGUUUAAAUUUUGGAGUUCUGAACUGGAGAUGGAAAGAUCUGCUUUAUGUUCUGUUUUCUUAUGGAUUAGCUUUACGUCCCUUUGAAAUGUUAAAUGGCAGGCAGACAGUUUCUUAAACUGGUUAGGUUGGUGAAUUUAAUCUGUAUUAAGAAAGAAAGAGGAAGUGGAUUCAGAUUUUAGGUCCUGUGAAGCCUUCAUCUUCCAAAUUGGAAGCUUAUAUGCUGUUAUUAAAUUUCGGGUCAUCUA